AUGGCGCCCCUUGACAACUUUCCCGUCCAGCAAAUACUCGUAUUAGACCAAAUAUAUAAGACGCAGGAUCGUAUCUACAUCCACCUAGGCGAUGCACUCCUUAAGCCAGAGCGCUUUGCCACCGGCUUCUUAAUCUAUAUACAAUCACUAUUAACAUCAUCGGACGAAUAUACAAUCCAGCCACUGAAUCUCUUCAGCUUCUCUAGCUCCCCAGCGUUUCUUGACGGCGAUCCAGAAACCGCAGCCGAGAUCAGCCCAAUUCUUGCCGAAAGCUUUACUGUGCCUGAAGAUAUGCCUCGAGGCAAAAACAGCAACAGCCCAUAUCGUCGGCGCUGGGCAGAGAUGCGCGACUUGGACCCCGCCGGCUAG